AUGCUGUUUGUCACAGAGCCAAAAUUUAUCAAUAUUUCCCAUCCUCGUAAACUCCUCUCUCUCAUCUAAGAAUAUGAACUUAAAUUUCGUCCUGACUCUCCUAUAACUUAAAAAGCCAUUGAAAGUAUGGGAUAAGAUCGUCAUCACUUUCGUAGAAAGUUUCAUUUCUGAUCUGACUCAUCUAGGAAUAAAUUCGAGUUACGUUAUGAUUUUGAGAUCCAAAAGAUUCCAUAUUCUGAAGCUGAUUUGUAGAAGACUUAUUUAAAUUACAUGAGAGAAUUGAUCAGUAUAUUAUAUAAUACUAUUUUAAUAGUGGAUUAUUAGAAUCUCUUUGAAAAUAGAAAAAGAAUUAAAGCUGAUUUUGAAAAAAGAUAAAAAGAAGAAGAUGAACUUAGAGGAUAGUAAUUUUCAUAUUUUUAACUUAGUAAGUGGCCUGAAUCUACUGUAAAUAAAAAAUUUAUUCAUAAUUCAAUUGAAGUACUUAAACUUGAUUAAAAAUUAUAAUUAAUUGAAGAAGAAAGAAAUAAAGAAUAAAAAAUUAAUGAUUGCUUUGCUAAAGAAGCCAUCAAAUAAGAACUUGAUAGAAGACUACAUAUUUAAGAUAAUUUAAAUAAAGAAGAAAAACGUCUAGCAUCAAGAAAAUAGAUCUUUGAUAAUCUUAAGAAAAAAGCUGCAUCAGAAAAUAAAAAAGUUCAUGAAAAAUUAUUAACUCAUUAAUAAAAAAUCAAAAAAUAAUUAGAAAAAGAUUUUCGUGCUUCUAAAUCUAUACAAGAAAAAUUAGAUGCUAAGUAAUAUUAUAAUUUAUCAUUUUUUUAGAGAAUUAUCAGUUCAAUAAAAAAGAACUAAAUUGAUCUCUGAAAUUGCUACUCGUAAUCGUAAAGUAGAUGAUAAAAUUAAUCAUUUUAAAGAUGAUUUUGGUAAUCGUUUAAUGGAUGAACUUAUCAAAAAAUAAUAAGCUUUAGAAUUAUCUAUGAGUAAAAGAUAAAAAACUGCUGAAUAAUUAGAAAAAAAUAGAUUAGAAAAAUAAUAAUUCUUUGAAUAAAAAUUAAACAAUAUCAAUCUUAAAAUCAAAUAAGAAAGAGAAGAAAAAGAAUCAGAAUUAUUUAAUAAAGUUGGAUAAAAGUUAUCUAAAUCAGAAAAAUUAUUAAAUGAACAUGAUAAAUUGAUUUCGAAAAUGUGGCAAGAUAAAAAAAAAGAACAAUAAACUAGAUUCUCAAAAUAGAAAGAAAGAUAUAAAUUAUCAGAAGGAAAAUAAUAAGAAAAAAUUGAAGAAUGGGAUGAAAAAUUAAAAAGUAUCUAAGAUAGAAUUGAAAAAUUCUAAACCAAAAAAAGUGAAGAAUGGAAAAAUGUAAAAGAAUAAAAGAUUUAAAAUCAAAAAGAACAUUUAGAAUUUAUUACAUUUAUGAAAAAUAAAAAAGAAGUAAAUCUAUUUCCAAUUAUCUUUAUUUAGGAUAAAUAUCAAAAAUAAUAUCUGGAAAGAUAAUAUAUGAUCUAAAAGAAACUCAAAAAAUUAAAAGAUGAAUAAGAAUAUAUUCGAACUUAUUAGACUACAUCUAAGCAAAGAUUUGAAUAAAAUACUUUAACUUAAAUUGGAGAAUUAGUCAAUUUGAAAUAUUCUUCAUCUGUCUAAUUACUUAAGUAUAUACUAUUAAUUAUUUUAUUAGUAAAUUAAAAGAUUUAGAAGAUGAAGAUGCAUUUAAUGAUAUUCAAUAGAAAUACAAGUAAAUUGUCAAAGUUCCAGAAAAAAAACUUGUAGAAUGAUAAAAGUUAUUCAUUUCUUUAUAACUUAAUAUUUAUUUUCUAUUACAAUUUAGUACUUUAAAGGAAUCUUUAAAAAAAAUAUUAGUCUGAUGAGAGAAACAAAUGAUAAUGAAUUCGAAUUUUAAAAAAAGUAUACUGUAUAAUAAAGAUUAACUCGACAUUAAAAUAUAAUGAAUAUAAUUGGUUAAUAAAAGGCUUUGAUUGUUGUUGAAAAAUAUAAAUAAUCUUCAAAUUAAACUAACAAUUCAUCUUAAUAAUCUUGGAAAAUGUAAUAUUAUUAACUUAUAUAUUUAGAUUUGCUAUUGACAAAACAAUAAAUUUAAUGGUAUUUUUACAUUGUAUUAAAGUAAAUGUGGGCAUUGCUAAAACAACUAGCAUUUUCUUAUACUGCAAUAAUUAACUUUUACCAUUGAAAGGUAUAUUUUUAGAUUCAUUCAGAGGAUUAAACUGUUGGUUCAAUACUUGAAUCAUAAAAAAAUAAAGAGGAUAAUAUUUUAUAUAUAAAAUACUAAAAUUUUGAAACAUUUGGAUUUGAUUAGUAUAAAAAUGAUGAAUAUAAAGUAUUCAAUUAAUGA